CGCUGGAGCUUCCUCUCCGCCUCUUCUUGCCCAGCCCGCGAGUACUCGGAGGAAAGCGAGGAGGUGGUGGCGGCGGCCAGCAGCGGCUAAGUUGCUUCGAGGGGAGUCCAAGAUGACCGGUUCUAACGAGUUCAAACUGAACCAGCCACCCGAGGAUGGCAUUUCCUCGGUGAAGUUCAGCCCCAACACCUCCCAGUUCCUCCUGGUCUCGUCCUGGGACACGUCGGUGCGCCUCUACGACGUGCCGGCCAACUCCAUGCGGCUCAAGUACCAGCACACCGGCGCGGUCCUGGACUGUGCCUUCUACGAUCCAACACAUGCUUGGAGUGGAGGAUUAGACCAUCAGUUGAAAAUGCAUGAUUUGAACACUGAUCAAGAAAAUCUCGUCGGAACCCAUGAUGCCCCUAUCAGAUGUGUUGAAUAUUGCCCAGAAGUGAAUGUGAUGGUGACAGGGAGUUGGGAUCAGACAGUUAAACUGUGGGAUCCCAGAACUCCUUGUAAUGCAGGGACCUUCUCUCAGCCCGAAAAGGUGUACACCCUGUCAGUGUCUGGAGACCGGCUGAUUGUGGGCACUGCAGGCCGCAGAGUGCUGGUGUGGGACUUACGGAACAUGGGCUACGUGCAGCAGCGCCGGGAGUCCAGCCUCAAGUACCAGACUCGCUGCAUCCGGGCAUUUCCCAACAAGCAGGGCUAUGUAUUAAGCUCCAUAGAAGGCCGAGUGGCAGUUGAGUACUUGGACCCAAGCCCUGAGGUGCAGAAGAAGAAGUACGCCUUCAAGUGUCACAGACUGAAGGAGAACAACAUCGAGCAGAUCUACCCGGUCAAUGCCAUUUCCUUUCACAACAUCCACAACACAUUUGCUACAGGUGGCUCUGAUGGAUUUGUAAACAUUUGGGACCCAUUUAACAAGAAGCGGCUGUGCCAGUUCCACCGGUACCCCACCAGCAUUGCGUCUCUGGCCUUCAGUAACGACGGGACCACGCUCGCAAUAGCAUCGUCGUAUAUGUAUGAAAUGGAUGACACAGAACAUCCCGAAGAUGGUAUCUUCAUUCGCCAAGUGACAGAUGCAGAAACAAAACCCAAGUCACCAUGUACUUGACAAGAUUUCAUUUACUUAAGUGCCAUGUUGAUGAUAAUAAAACAAUUCGUACUCCCCAAUGGUGGAUUUAUUACUAUUAACAAAGAAACCAGGGAAAUAUAUUAAUUUUAAUAUUAUAAGAACCUGAAAAUAAUGGAAAAGAGGUUUUUAUUGAUUUUUUUUUUUUUUUUUUUUUUUUUAAAUGAACACUCUUUAAGUGCAUGAGAUGGUUGAUGGUUUGUUGCAUUAAAGGUAUUCUGGGCAAACGAAAUUGGAGGGCAGUGACCGUACUUUUGAGAAUCAGUUUUGACCUUGGUAAUUUUUGUUUCCACUGUGGAAAUACAUGUUUGUAAAUAAAUAUAGGUAAUAAAAGUCCUUUUGCAUUCUUUCUGGACCUUAAAUGGUGGAGGAAUAGGCUCUUGAGCCAUUUGUUUCUUUUGCUGGUUGUAGUUGCUAAUUCGAAAGCUGCUUCAGACCGCCUCAUGAGGAGGUUAAUCUACAAUUAAACAGUAUUUCCUCUUGGCUGCCCAUUAUGUUCCGAAGCAGAUGGGUCAUCGUUUCCUGGGCUGUUCCACAAAGCAAGGUUAAGGUUAGACUCCUGGGAAUCAGCUAGUUUUCAAUCUUAUUAGGGUGCAGAAGGAAAACUAAUAAGAAAACCUCCUAACUUCAUUUUGUGACUGUAAACAAUUAUUUAUUAGCAAACAAUUGAUCCCAGAAGGGCAAAUUGUUUGAGUCAGUAAUGAGCUGAGAAAAGACAGAGCAUAUCUGUGUAUUUGGAAAAAUAAUUGUAACGUAAUUGCAGUACAUUUAGACAGGCAUCUAUUUGGACCUGUUUCUAUCUCUAAAUGAAUUUUUGGAAACAUUAACGAGGUUUACAUAUUUCUCUGACAUUUAUAUAGUUCUCAUGUCCAUUGCAGUUGCCCAGCCGCUGGUGAUUAAGGUUAAAAAGAAAAAAUUAUAGUGAGAAUGAGAUUCACUUUAAUGUAAUGCCCUGAAGCAGAACACGAACUUAGCUUGGUCUGUUCUAGCUAGUUCCAAAUAGUAUUUCUGUGAUCAGACUUCGGUGUUUUAUUUAUAUUAUUUGCAAAUGUAUGUUUUUGAAUGGGCUUUGGACCCUUACUGAAAUUUACACAUGACGUGUUUUUUUUUUUUUUUAAUUCUUUUGAUACAGAGAAAGUCUUGCUUUUAUUUUGUAAGCAUUUCAGUGAAAACUUAGUGUUAAGUGUGAACCCAUCUUUUGAAAUGUAUUUUCUUCAUUGCAGGUCCACCUAAUCAUCUCGUGAAAGUGGUUUCUCUAUGGCAAGCUUUGUUUUGCUUCCUACAAAUACAUACUCAUCCCCUAAGGGAUGCGUUGUAGUCAUUGUGGACACCUUAUUUAGUAUGUGGAUUUCUCUGUUUUCUGUCUUAAAAAAACUUGUCUGUGUGCCCUUCCAUGCUGACUUUGUGUAGGAUGAGGAGUCUUUGUGUCCUUGGGUGAUAGUCCGAAGAAUUUUUUUUACCCCCAGAAAGCCCAGGUGCUGUUUCGGAGCAGCUUGAGGUCUUUUUGUAAAAUAAUCUAACCCUGUUAUUGCCGUGCUGUCUAAUAAAUCAGAGAUUCAGAACCCUUAAA